GGUAGCCUUGCAUGAAUUUGACAUCGUUAUUGAGAAAAAUGCAUUUCCUAACAACUGCAGCCAUUUUAAUGGCCUCUGCACUUUUGGCUGUACAUGGGGCAUCAAAAAGCAACAAAUGUGACAUAGCCUGUUUGCAGUAUGUUGAUCCCGUUUGCGGCUAUCUUAUCGAUCCGAGAUCAAAGAACAUGAAGAGAUGUACCUUUGGCAAUAGCUGUUUCUUGGAUUUACACAAAUGUCAGACCAAAGAAAAGUGGACAAGUCAGCGGGGAAAAUGUGAAUCCGAAAUCGGUUGUCAAAAAGUAAGGAAAGGAUAAUGGAUAUUUUGCAAUGGAACGCCUCAAUUUUGAUUAACCUAUUGUGCCUUUAACUGAACUUUUAAUAAAACAAACA